GUGUGUGUGUGUGUCGCCGCCUUUCUCACAAACAUAAUUUUUACCAUUGCACAUUUCAUUUCAUUAGAAAAAAAUCAUUGAAUCGAUUAUUGUCAUUAGAUUGUUUAUUUGUUUCUUUUUUUUACAAAUUUUCUAAGUAAUAAAUUCACAUCAUCAUGUAUGCACCACAGAUUCUUGUAUUGAAGGAUACCGUACAACGUGAAAGUGGCCGUAAAGUACAGCUGGAAAAUGUUAAAGCAGCCAAAGCUAUUGCCGAUGUUAUUCGUACUAGUUUGGGUCCACGUGCCAUGUUAAAAAUGUUGAUGAAUCCAAUGGGUUCGAUUGUGAUGACCAAUGAUGGUAAUGCUAUACUUCGUGAGAUUACUGUCAAACAUCCGGCGGCCAAAACAAUGAUCGAAAUUAGUCGUACACAAGAUGAAGAAGUUGGUGAUGGUACCACUUCGGUCAUCGUAUUGGCCGGUGAAUUUUUAGCUUUGGCUCAACCAUUCCUUGAGCAGAACAUACAUCCAACUGUUAUUGUUUCGGCCUAUCGUCAAGCAUUGGAUGAUGUUCUCGUUAUUUUAAAGGAAAAAAUUGCCAUUGCAAUUGAUGUGAAAAAUGAUGCCAAAGUAUUGGAAUUGAUUCAAAGUUGUAUUGGUACGAAAAUUCUUGGUAAACUUGGUGAUUUUGCUUGCAAACUUGCAUUGGAUGCCGUACGAACCGUAUUCGUUGAAAAGAAUGGUCGUAAAGAAAUUGAUGUGAAGAAAUAUGCACGAAUCGAAAAAAUACCUGGCGCUUCUAUCGAAGAAAGUUGUGUUCUAGAUGGUAUACUUUUGAAUAAAGAUGUACUUCAUCCGAACAUGCGACGAGAGAUUGAAAAUCCUCGAAUUCUAUUGUUGGAUUGUGGUCUUGAAUAUAAAAAAGGUGAAAGUCAAACAGAGAUUGAGAUUACCAAAGAAGAGGAUUUUGCCCGUUUAUUACAAAUCGAAGAAGAAUAUAUUAAAAAGAUUUGUGAUGAUAUUAUCCGUUUUAAACCGGAUUUAGUAAUCACAGAAAAAGGUGUAUCCGAUUUGGCAAUUCAUUACAUGACCAAAGCAAAUAUUACUGUAUUACGUCGUGUAAAAAAACAGGAUAACAAUCGAAUUGCACGAGCAACAGGAGCUACGGUCGUAUUUCGAACGGAAGAAAUUCGUGAAGAAGAUAUUGGUACCGGUUGUGGCCUAUUUGAAGUACGAAAAAUUGGUGAUGAAUAUUUUUCCUAUUUGAUCAAAUGUAAAGAUCCAAAAGCAUGUACCAUUUUGUUACGUGGUGCAAGUAAAGAUAUGCUCAAUGAAAUUGAACGUAAUCUUCAAGAUGCUAUGUAUGUUGCAAGAAAUAUUCUAUUGGAUUCAUACAUUUUGCCAGGCGGUGGUGCCGUUGAAAUGGCCGUUGGAAAAUUACUUAAUGAAAAAGCUAAAUCAAUCAAAAGCGUUCAUCAAUGGCCAUAUCGUGUUGUGGCUAAAGCAUUGGAAGUAAUACCACGAACAUUGAUUCAAAAUUGUGGUGGUGAUACAAUUCGUACGUUAACACAAUUACGUGCUAAACAUGCAAGUGGAGAUAAUAAAACCUGGGGUAUUGAUGGCGAAAAAGGUGUACUGGCCGAUAUGACACAAUUAGGUGUUUGGGAACCAUUGGUUGUUAAAGCACAAGCUUAUAAAACGGCUAUUGAGACGGCAAUUUUAUUGUUACGAAUCGAUGAUAUUGUAUCUGGUUCGAAAAAACGUGAAACAUUGGAAAAUGAAAAACGUGCCGAUCAACAGGCUGCUGCACCGACUGAAGAAUCAAUAAAAGAUGAAUAAUAAUAAAUUUUGAUCAAAAA